UCAAAGCCUAAAAUAAACCCUAAUCGGCUUUAAAGCCGAUCCCAUUGGCGACCCUAUAUAAGCUUGUUUUUUCGUGAUGGUCACUCUCUUCCUUUGAGCUGCUGCCGCUGUUUGUAAUACUGUGGGCUUCCACUGCGUCAAAUAAAAAAAGAUUUUUUUUUGCUUAAACAUGGCGGACAAGGCAGUGACUAUUAGGACAAGGAAGUUCAUGACGAACAGGUUGCUUUCCAGGAAACAAUUUAUCAUUGAUGUUUUGCAUCCUGGGAGGCCCAAUGUUUCCAAGGCUGAGCUGAAGGAGAAGCUUGGUAGAAUGUAUGAGGUGAAGGACCCAAAUUCAAUCUUUGUGUUCAAGUUCAGGACUCAUUUUGGAGGUGGAAAAUCAACUGGAUUCGGUUUGAUAUAUGAUACUGUUGAGAAUGCUAAGAAGUAUGAGCCCAAAUACAGGCUGAUCAGGAAUGGAUUGGAUACCAAGGUGGAGAAAUCAAGGAAGCAAAUGAAGGAAAGGAAGAACAGGGCUAAGAAGAUCCGUGGAGUAAAGAAGACCAAGGCCAGCGAAGCAUCAAAGAAGAAGUGAGGUAAGAGGGGUGGAGGGAGAGAUGAAAUCUGUGUCUCAUUGCCAAUGUUUUCCAACAGUUGUUGUUUGGUAGUCUCAAGUGUCGUUGAACCUGUUUUCCUUUUUGUUUA